AUGCAGUUCAAGUUUUCUCUUCUACCGAUCAUUGUUAUUCUCUAUAUCUUCCUUGGAAUUAUUCUCCCACCAUGCUUCUGUUGCACCGACGACGAUAGUCGACACAUCAAAUUCAAGGACCCAAUACCGAACAUGGCCAUGAAAAGUCACGCGAUCAAAAGUGCAGAGGUGCCAAACGAAGGGAGCUGCAAAGUAAUAUGUUUGAUGGAGCCUAAUUGUGUGUCUAUCAAUAUUGGACCUGUUGUAGGAGGAAGCCAAAAAUGCGAGUUGAAUAACGCCACGGGGGAAAACUAUGCUCCAUUUCUUCUCGUGAACAAUCCGGGUUACACAUAUCUUGCAAUCGAGAAUCCAUGCAGAAGUAGCCCAUGCUUAAACAAUGGCAUCUGUCAAGCUGGAUUCACAUAUAAAGGUUUUUGUUGUGUAUGUCAGGAAAGAUUCACUGGAGAAACCUGCCAAGUCAGUGAAGUCAAAAGAAACUGCGCAGAAAUCUACAAAUCCGCAGGUAAACCAACUGACGGUAUGUACACCAUUAAACCUGAUAAUUUGCCUGCCUUUGAUGUAUUCUGUGACCAAACAAAAGCCGGUGGAGGGUGGACAGUGUUCCAGAAAAGAUUGAACGGCUCGGUUGAUUUCUACCGCUACUGGAACGACUACAAACAUGGCUUUGGUGACCUGAAAAGUGAAUUUUGGUUGGGACUGGACAAGAUUCACCGGCUGACCUCAGAUAAUAACAGCAUGCUACGUGUGGACUUGGAGGACUUUGAAGGGAAUACUCGAUAUGCUGAGUAUAACUUGUUUGGUGUUAUGAGUGAGAAAGACAAGUACAAGUUGAUCCUUGGCUCUUAUUCAGGAAAUUCUGGUGACUCUCUUGCUCUACAUCGCGGUAUGCCGUUCACCACUAAAGAUCAAGAUAAUGACAAUCAUGGAGAUCACAACUGCGCCAUUAAGUACCAAGGAGCCUGGUGGUACGAGAGGUGUCACCACUCAAAUCUCAAUGGUUUAUAUCAUCGUGGCAAUCACUCCUCCUAUGCUAAUGGAGUGAACUGGAAAGACUGGAAAGGGUAUCAUUACUCUUUAAUGAGAACCGAGAUGAAAAUAAGACCAGUGGAUUUCUGAACCGUCAUAUUUAUGGCACAACAAUGAUACAGUACCAACUUAAAAGAAAAAAACACACUCGUCUCAAUAAAGUUUUAGUUGGGUCUGAGGUAUUCACAGGAUUUAUCCUCGAACCUCAAUGGCUUGUAUCAUCAUGGCCAUCACGCGUCCUAUCUUGGUUAUACAAGUUUUGAUUCUUUAAAUUUUUGACUCGUAUUCUCACUUGACGGAACACGGAGCGAUCACACAACCUUCAUUUUUCUAGGUCAAUAUCAAGAAUAAACCCAGUCGCUAAUUCAGUUCUAGUUCCCUUUGAUUUCGCUUACGA